AAGUUGCCAUCUUUACUGGACUGCGAAGCGAGAAAAAUUCCUUCAUUUGCGUAAAACCUCUCUUUGGUAUCGCAUCAAAGCCACGUGAGACAAUAAUGGAUAAACCAGUAGUUUUGGCUCGUGUUAUAAAAGUCUUAGGAAGAACCGGCUCACAAGGCCAGUGCACGCAAGUUAAAGUUGAAUUUCUGGGCGAACAGAACAGACAGAUCAUCAGAAACGUGAAAGGCCCGGUACGAGAAGGUGAUUUACUAACCUUGCUGGAAUCUGAACGUGAAGCUAGAAGACUUAGAUAAGCACAUAAGGAGAAUGAAUUGCCAGCACAUGAAAGUCACCAAUGAUGUCUGGACUCAUACGAUACAUUUCAUUCCAUCAACAAAAAUGGGGACUAUCCAACUAUUCCAAUAGCACGAGCCGCCUUGUUUAAAAAAAUCCCUGUCAAUGAAGAUGUUUCCAUCUUUUGUAAUAAACACUGGCUAAUAUUUGAUUGAA